AUGUUUCCACCAGUAUCCAAGACGCUCGCUGUCCUGGGGCUUCUAUCUCAGAUUCCGUUCGUCCAGUGCAAGGAUAACGCCAUCAUUCGCGAUGUCGCGAUCAUAGGCGGUGGCGCAUCGGGCACAUUCUCCGCAGUCAGGCUGCGCGACCAAGGCAAAUCCAUCAUUCUCAUCGAGAAAGAGGGCAUCCUCGGCGGCCAUACCAAUACAUAUCAAGAUCCCGUCACCAAGGUCACGGUUGACUACGGCGUGGAAGUCUUCCACAAUCAACGAAUUGUCAAGGACUAUUUCAACCGGCUGAAUGUAUCUUGGACAAUUGCAUCGUCAGACUUUGGUGCUGCGACACCAGUCUACUUGGAUGACAACACGGCCGAACGAGUAAACUAUACCAGCCCCGAUCCUCGGGCUGGGCUGGUUGCGUAUGCGACACAUCUGGCUCAAUAUGCACAGCUCGAGCUCGGAUUCUUCCUUCCGGACCCUGUUCCAGAGGACCUGCUGCUUCCUUUCGGAGAAUUUGUCGCCAAAUACCCGGACAUUGACGAUGCGGUCUCUACGAUAUUCAGGUUCGGACAGGGACUGGGCGAUUUCCUUGCACAGCCCACGCUGUACGUGUUCAAGAAUUUUGGUCUGGAUAUUAUCCACGAUAUCUCCGCUGGUUUCCUGGUCACGACGAGUCAUGAUAAUCACAAGAUCUACGACCAGGCCGCCACACUCCUAGGGUCAGACGUGUUGCUGAGUAGCUGCGUUGUUUCGACACAUCACCGAGAUGACAACGGAGUCCAGCUGGAGGUGCAAACACCAUUUGGCUCCCGGAUCGUGAAAGCCAAGAAACUUUUGAUUGCUAUCCCUCAGAAACUCGACAAUCUGCGUCCCUUCGAUCUGGAUGAUCGCGAGGCCGGGCUCUUCGGCGAAUUCCUGAACACGGGGUAUUACACGAGCUUGUUGACGAACACCGGCUUACCAACAAACUUCAGCUCACUCUCCGUCGGCGCUGAUACUCCAUAUAACAUCCCCAAGCUACCAGGUAUCUACCAGGUGACAUCGACAGCGAUAGAAGACGUCUUCGAUAUCAAAUACGGCAGUCCUUACGGUCUACCGGCCCAUUACGUGCGAGAGGAGAUCUUGGCGUACGUCAAGAAAUUGCAGGAUAACGGGUUCGCGGAGAAAGUACACGGUGAGCCGAAGUUUGUGCGGUUUAACAGCCAUACUCCGUUUGAGUUGACGGUGCCGCCGGAGCAAAUUGCGAAGGGUUUUUAUAGGGAGCUGUAUGGGCUGCAGGGGUAUCGAAAUACGUGGUAUACAGGCGCAGCGUUCCAUACGCAGGAUUCGUCGAUGUUGUGGAAUUUCACCGAGUCUUAUGUGCUGCCUGGCUUGUUGAAAUAG